AUGGAUUGGAAUAUUACAGUCACAGCUAACCAAAGCACAGAGACAGGUCAUCUGAACAGGCACCGCUUCUCUGUCUUCAGUGUCCUCAUCUUGACCCUACUGGUGAUGCUGAUGAUAGCCACUUUCUUAUGGAAUGUACUGGUGUUGAUUACCAUUCUGAGAGUGAGGACCUUCCACCGGGUUCCCCAUAAUUUGGUUGCUUCUAUGGCCAUUUCAGAUGUGAUGGUCGCUGCCUUGGUGAUGCCUCUUAGCUUGGUGAAUGAGUUGCAUGAUAGACACUGGAGACUGGGUAGAGUCCUCUGCCAGAUCUGGAUCUCUUUUGAUGUUCUCUGUUGCACUGCAAGCAUAUGGAAUGUUACUGCUAUAGCACUAGACAGGUACUGGUCAAUCACCAGACAUCUGGAGUACACCCUUAAGACAAGAAAAAGGAUCUCAAACAUUAUGAUUCUUCUAACUUGGCUACUUUCUGCUGUUAUCUCGCUUUCCCCACUUUUUGGAUGGGGAGAGACAUACUCAGAAGGAAAUGAGGAGUGCCAGGUCAGCCAGGAACCAUCCUAUACUAUCUUCUCCACAUUUGGGGCUUUCUAUCUUCCACUUUGUGUAGUUCUUUUUGUGUACUGGAAAAUCUACAAAGCAGCUAAAUUUCGUAUUGGGUCUAAAAAGACAAACACCAUAACACCAAUGCCUGAGGUAAUUGAGGUGAAAGAAGCUUCUCACCAGCCUCAGAUGGUCUUCACAGUUCGACACGCCACUGUCACCUUUCAAACAGAUGGGGACACAUGGAGGGAGCAGAAGGAAAAGAAAGCCGCACUUAUGGUUGGCAUUCUCAUUGGGGUCUUUGUUCUAUGCUGGAUACCCUUCUUUAUUACAGAACUUAUAAACCCUUUAUGUUCCUGUGACAUUCCUCCUAUCUGGAAAAGUAUUUUCUUAUGGUUGGGAUACUCUAAUUCUUUCUUCAAUCCUCUGAUCUAUACAGCCUUUAACAAAAACUAUAACAAUGCAUUCAGAAAUCUCUUCUCUAGACAGAGAUAA